AAACUGUAUUAUUAUCAAAAUGGUGAAUGUUAUGAAAGGAGUUUUAGUGAAAUGUGACCAGGCCAUGAAACAAUUUCUUCUACAUCUAGACGAAACAUUAAAAUUAGGAAAAAAAUUCAUCAUUCAAGAUUUGGAUGAAAAUCAUUUAUUUAUUUCAGCUGAUAUUUUAGAUACUCUACAAGUGAAAAUUGAUGAUUUGAUGGACCAGAUUAGUUUUCCAUUGACAGAAAAAAGCGCCUAA